AUGACUUUAACACCAACGCAGCGAAAAAAUCUGGUUCCGUUGGUUCUCUUUUUGGCAAAUUUAGUUUUUCUAUUCAUUGGAGGAUUAAUCUUCGAAUCUAUAGAAUACAAGCCGAGAAAGGAACACAGUACAAGCGACGAUGUUGCUUUGUUCUUGCAAACUUUGAAGAAAACUUCGCAAGGAAAACAGAUCUUACCGGAACAUUUAGACAUCAAAGAGGCCGUGGAAGGGCUCAAAUCUGAUUCUCUGGAAAAAAUUGAUGCAAAGUUUGACGAAAUAAGAAAGAGGAGAACAGCUGCCUCGAAACCUAGCUGGAGCUUUUCGAAUUCCUUGUUUUUUGCGACAACCGUUGUGACCACAAUAGGUAAGGCCGUCUUAAAUGUUUAUGUCUUCAUUCAUGCUUAUCUCGGAUAUAAUUUCUGUAACGUUUUAACCAGCUAUUGUAAUGAAACCUUUAUAUUUUCAUGAAGGUGAUUUAGCGAGUUCAUAAAGAGUUGCUGAUUAUUUUAAUCAGUUGUAUAGGUGCCUUGAUUCGUGUAAUAGUCAAAGGUCCGCUACGAGGUCCUUAACAUUUGCUUUCGAAACUCAACUUUCUCGAUGCCGAUUUUCUAUCGCCAUUUGAUUUGGCCAACAAGAUCAAUUCAGCCUUCUUAGAGCUCAUGCAAUGUUUCCUGCCUCUCAAGUUUCUUCCUCCCCUUGUCGGCCCUGAAUCUGAAUUUUAGUCCGGUUUCGGUCUACCGGUCUGAUUUUUGUGUUGUCAACUAUGCUAACAUCUUAGGGUCAGUAACUAUAAUAUAUAGAUUUAGCCAGGGCUAAAAGCGAAGCUCUGGUUAAUAAUACGUGUAAAGAAAAAAAAAAUUAAUUGUGUAAUGCUAAUCGGGGACGACAAUGAAAAUGGCUUCAAGACUAAUUGAUCUAAUUAGCAAAAAAAAAAAACAAAUUGCACGUGCAGCACACUUUUUCUUCUAAUUUGCAAAAAACAAAUUUGCACGUGCAGCACGCUUUUUUGUCUUUGCCUUGCCGUUGUUUUGCACGGCUACAACGCUGAUUUGUACGACUAAAACGUCAAACUUCCUAGUUAAACAUUAUUUUUAUGGAGGAAUUGUCUUAUGUGCUAGUACCCAAUAUUUUGUAUCCUGUGUUCAUGUUCGCUCUUAUUUUUUACUGCCGCUCAUUUUCACCUUGCUGGCCGCUAGCAUUUUUCAUUUUCUCACCGCCGCUUUGAAUGUCAAUGUUUUUCUUCCAACGAAAUUCGUCUCCUUUGUUUUUAAUAACUCACUCUAGCUCUUCCUCUGUUAUCCACGUUAGUUUAAACAUUAAAAAUAACACCGAAAAAGACACGACUUUGUUGUUGUCCGGGCGGCCAUGUGAUUUCAGUUCCAAAGAAAACCUUGAGUUGCAUUUGGGUUGCCAUACCUAUUGAUUGAGUUAUUCUACAUUGGUAUGCCUGUGGUGCGGACGGACGGUCGGGCUGUCAGUCGGUGUAUGGUCACGUGAUUACCAAAUUUUCUCGGAUGGGUAGAUUACCACAUUUCCUUAGCUAUGGGGCUCCGCCUGUGCGUGGCGCUUCGCGUGGAGCUCCGCUAUCAAGGAUCUUAGCUGGAACGCGAGUUCUUCCUUACUGACUUAUUUUACUCCUUCGUGCGGUAUUCCACCUAAGGAAAUAAUUGUGAAUUUUUAUUGUCCGCGCGUUUGGUCCAUCCUUGAAUACUGUUUGGCGGUAUUUCAACAUGCGCUAUCUUGUGAUAACCCCAGGAGGACAUUGAGAGGGUUCAGAACAGGACUCUUCAUAUUAUCAGUCCCGAGUGCACCCAUGAGGACAACCUCAGUCGCUUCAACCUCUCCAACCUGGGCAUAAGGAGAGAAACAGCUUGCUCCUAAGGGACGGACCAUUAUGUUUUUAAAGGGGGGGGAGGGGGUGGAAAAUUUUUACAUGCAAACAUUUUUUUAAAACGGAUCCUGCUGCAAACAAUUUUUAAUGCUGCGUCCCUUAGCUAUCUACGGUACAGGUACAUUCCAUCUCACAAGCUUCUCCGACUUCUCCAUCUAGUCCCCCAAAGACACCAACCCAAAUAUUACCUCAGGCGGCCAAGUACCUUUAAUGUUCCCAUUUGUAGUACCAAUCGGUUCAGGCAGUCCUUUUUACCUCUUCUAUGACAAAUUUUUAAUGAAUUGACAAAUUUUUAAUGAAAUGAAUUAUAUGAUGUGUUCAUGAUAUUUCAUUUUUAGAUUUUUUUUUUCGUGGUGGAUUCAUUUGAAACAUAAGCGUAUAGCCGUCGCAUUUGCCUGCUGGAAUUUUUUUAUUAUUUUUAAGCCUAACAAUUCAACUCUUGGUUGCUGUUUAAUUAUUUGCUAAUAAACUAUCUAUCUAUUUAUCUUCCCCGAGUCCAUACACCUUGAUAGUUCAAGGUGCAGUUCAGAAAGCCGACACAUACCGACAGAUAACUAGACUAUUCAUCUUACAACGAGACCGCUCAUAAAGCCACAACUAUAGAGUCUCUGAACAUGAUACAUUUUCUUUAUUGCCUAGGUUACGGAAAUCUGGCCCCGGUAACAGCGGGCGGUCGCUUAUUCUGCGUUAUAUAUGCUCUCACUGGAAUACCGCUGACCCUGAUGUUAUUAGCAGUGGUAGGACAUCAUAUCGUCCAUUACCUAAACGGGGCAUGCGCGUGGCUGGUAAAGUAUAUACGACGGUAUUCUCGCUCUGAUUACGAGUUCGAGUCCGCUGAAGACGCACAAAUCAACGCCCCAGUUUGGGUCGCCCUGCCGAUUAUUUUUAUCUUUCUGGCGUUCAUGUCAUCCCUAUAUUGCGCUCUUGAAGGAUGGGAUUUUGGAACCGCGUUAUACUUCAUUUUCAUUACCUUUACCACUAUUGGAUUCGGAGACAUUGUGCCUAAAUCUGCAGCGGUAAGUUUGCUGUCCCUUUGCUGGGUUUCUGGGAAACUGCCCACCUACCCCUCCCCUAACCCAACAUUUUGCCCUAAGUGAGAAGUAAGUGUUAAUGUUGACUUAUGUGAGGGGUAGGUGGGUAGUUUCCCAGAAACCUAAGCGUAGGGUUCUGAACGUAUGUCAAUCUAUAACGGCGCCAGCCUUUUUCUUUGGAUGCUUCUCUCCAGCUACGUCAUCUUUCCGAUGAUGAGGUAGCCGGGGGAAUAGGUCCCUGGGGGGAAGAGUUUGCUCUAUGAAGUUUCUGAAAAUGAAGUAAAUGAAAAAAUCUCAGUGAUCCGUGUUCUUAUUUUUAUGUCAUAAUUCUUCUGUCAACUUUUCUCUUGUUCAACUCUUUAUCUUGUGCAUCUUUUUUUUUUUUCACGUAAUGCUAACUAUCUCUUCACAAUUGAAGAUUCUUUCCCAGGACAACCAUAAGAAUGGCACAACGCUUUUAUUAUCAUGCCCUUAUAACACUACCAUGCCCAGUUAACUCCUAUUCAAAGAGGCUAUUCAUUGCCUUACCUAAAGUCUUCAUUGCAGUUAAUGAUGAAGUUUGCUUGCACAACGUCAUGAUUCAAGGCGAAAUGUUUCUCCCUAUUAGGUCUGUGGGUGAUGCCGUCUUUCUCUUGCAUUUGGACUCCUCAGCUAUGAAUGUCUGUUUCUACAGUGCUGCGCCUGCGUGACAUGCGUCGAAAGGGGUGGGAGAUAGGAAGGAAAGGAAAAAGUCGGGGAAAUUCCAGUUCCCGGUGGAGGGGAGGGGUACUACCCAUGUUGACCUGUACGGGGAGGCUCCGCUCGAAAGGGGUAUCUUUUUCAGGCUUCAGGUAUAUGAAAGGGUAGGGAAAUCUGUCAUUUGGGUCUGUGUAAGUACCCCAGAGGGCUAACAGAUGAAUUUUUUGGCUUUAUAAAUUCGAAGAAACCUUCUAUUUUUGUGACUGAUUCCUAUUUAAAAGACAGUGUAUUUACAGCAGUUAAAAGGGAUGCAAAGUUCUAAACAAGGUUUGUGAAAGGGGUACUCUUUGGUAUUAGUAAAAUCCAACUAGUGGUCGAUCAUCAUUGCUGCGUUCUGAUUGGUUGAGCUACUAUUAGGCUAUAUGUUAUAGCCAACUAGUAGCGCAAAGCGCCGGCUUUUUGGGGGCAAAAAGGGAUUUUCUAGCUUUAACUAGCUAAAGUUUUGUCUCGAUAUUUUUUGACCAACUAGUUGGAUUUUACUAAAACAAUUAUUCCUCGUACCCUCAUGGCCUUUGAGUCAACAGCCCAUUCGGCCUUCGGCCUCAUGGGCUAUUGACUCAGAGCCCAUUCGGGCUGGACGAAUAAUUGUUAAUUAUAGACGGUAUACUAAAGGGGUACCUUUUUCGUGGAAAAUGGUAUAUAAAAGGGUAAGGGUUGGACCUCGGGGCGGAGCCUCCCCUUAUAAACAUUUGUUGAGUACCCCCUGUUUCCAGUUUCAUUCUCUUUCUAGUUCAAACUUGCUUUUUCUCUUGAUUGCCAUCUUUGGACUUCUCUUUGACACUGCAUAGCUGACUCUGCAGCUAUUCUUUUCACUGAUUAAAUCGUUACUAAAGGUCUUUAAGAUGUUAUUUUCUACCAACAGCUUACUUUGCAGAAGAAUUCUCUUGAAAUGAAUCUCGUGGAGAUUGUUGUGCCACCCAUAUAUCUGAUAUAUCUUUGUUGGCAUUUUAACCAGCUUUGACAAAUGGACACUUUGCAUUUCUUCCUCUUUAUUCAUUAUAUCUCUUCUAUAACUUUAAGCUAUUUUAUCUUGGUCAUUGAGGAAAGGAGAAACCUUCACUACACUACUAAGCUAAUGUAAUUCUGAAUAUAAACUCCAGUAGCUCGUGGGAGCAAGCUGUCAGGGACCGGGUGGGCAAAAAGCGAGAUCUUCAAUUUACCUCUCGACUACCCCACCCACACCUCAAGAGCUUGUUCGCUAAAUCUCGUACCCAGUUCUUCAAAGAUUAAGACAGAAUGAGUUCUGGGAUCGAGAAUACCUUAUCGCAGGCUAAAAUGCCCAUUUCCGAGUUCCAAAAACUCUGACUUUCAAAACGAGGCUAAGUGCGAAACCUUUCUUGGUCUUCUUGUGAUAAUGGUUUUAUUUUCAUAACAAUUAAAAUCAUUUUCAUAUCAAUGGCUUUAUUGUACCUAGCCUCGCUUUAAAACAGAGGUUUUGGGCAACUCGCAAAUGAUCUUUUCGAAGUAACGAAUGAAACACUGAAAAAAAUUAAUCUUACUUUGGUUUGGUCUGCAACAACUCAAAGGAGAGAAAACGCAUAGGCAAAUUCGAUGCCACGUAACUGCAAUUUUUGGGAAGGGAAAAUUUAGUUAGAAUUCAGUUGGCAAGGGACUAGGGGAAGGAGAUACGAUCAAUGAUUUAUCGGGCGUAGUUUCAGCGUAGAUUUAGCGCAAGCGCAGUACGAAGCACCCAGUUUUUACCGCAUCUCUAAAUUUGCUCUGAAAUUGGACAAGAGAGGAUUUAAUUUUUCCAUUCGUGGAGUAACCACUGAUUAGUGGUUCUUAUUCUGAGACGUGCGUGGUCGUUCUUGAAUGGCUUGUGGCUUUUUCGUCCGGGAAUUGUACCAUUUUGGGCCUUGUGAGUCUACCUUGCUGCGAGGAGAUUUCAAACUUCGUUAUAAAUGAAAGGAAUAAAUUGUCGAAAAAAUGGUCAGAGCUUUUUGUAUCCUAUUUCAAAUUGUGAUCUUUCCAGUACAUGGUUGUCGCUGCCCUUUACAUAAGCCAGUUCGCAGGCCACUUUUUAUUUCAGCACAGAGAAAAACUUGGAAGUACCGAACAUCACGUUGAUCAAAAAGUCGAUAUUCAAGUGUGACCAUGAUAUUCAAAAACCCUUAUCGUGGUAUUUUUUAGCUUUUAUACUGAGGUAUUUUAAUAGACUGCAUGUGCAUGAGGAUAACUGCAUGAAUUUGUUUUCUUCUCUCCUCAAUGUCCCGCCGAACAGCUUGCAUUGAUAUUUCAGGGUAUCUGGAUAAACCUGAUGCUACUGUACGUUGGCCUAUCCGUGGUCUCCAUAACAAUCAACCUCUGCGCGCAAAGCCUCGUAGCUCAAUUGAAAAAGACUGGGCUCUACUUGAAGAUCAUAGAGCUCUUCUCAUCGCAUGGGGACUCGGUCGAAAAAACCAGUGCGCGUGCGCAUGGAAAUGAAACAGCAGACGUCGAAGAUCACUGUCGCGGUCAAGGAGAGAGCAUUGCAAUGUCAGACCUCAACGAAAGACGGAAAAAUGGUAUUGAAGAAGACCAUCAAGCUGCCAAAUUAAAGAUCGUUCGUGAUGCUGACGGAAAAAGUUACGGAACGUUAAAUGAAUAGCAUGUAAAAACAAACAAUAAAAACACUGUAAAAUCAUUGGAGUGUCUCUGAUGUUAAGUGUGCAAAAUUUUGGAACUUACUUAAUUAUNACUGAGGUAUUUUAAUAGACUGCAUGUGCAUGAGGAUAACUGCAUGAAUUUGUUUUCUUCUCUCCUCAAUGUCCCGCCGAACAGCUUGCAUUGAUAUUUCAGGGUAUCUGGAUAAACCUGAUGCUACUGUACGUUGGCCUAUCCGUGGUCUCCAUAACAAUCAACCUCUGCGCGCAAAGCCUCGUAGCUCAAUUGAAAAAGACUGGGCUCUACUUGAAGAUCAUAGAGCUCUUCUCAUCGCAUGGGGACUCGGUCGAAAAAACCAGUGCGCGUGCGCAUGGAAAUGAAACAGCAGACGUCGAAGAUCACUGUCGCGGUCAAGGAGAGAGCAUUGCAAUGUCAGACCUCAACGAAAGACGGAAAAAUGGUAUUGAAGAAGACCAUCAAGCUGCCAAAUUAAAGAUCGUUCGUGAUGCUGACGGAAAAAGUUACGGAACGUUAAAUGAAUAG